UUUGAACUCUGGUUCGGAGUUAAUGAACUGUGGCUAUUGAACCACUCCACUAAAGACACACUUAUUGAAAUUUGUGGCCGGUUAUAUUAUUAUUAUUUGGCGGCCGGAAGCCCAUGCUUCUUUAGCUUGGGCCCAGGGCCGGCUCUGGCCACUAUCGACGACUCAUUCCAGGCUGAAGCCAUUGCGUCCAUUGUCAAAUCAUUUGGGUGGAGAAGCGUCGUCGCAAUUUAUGUGGACAACGAGUUAGGUCAAGGAAUCAUGCCCUCCUUGUCAGAGGCUUUAGGAGACGUGGAAGUCCAUAGAAGUGUGAUCUCUCCAGAGGCUAGCGAUGAUCAUAUUCUAAAGGAACUUUAUAAACUCAAGACUGAGCAGACAAGGGUAUUCGUUAUCAACAUGGACGCAAGUCUCGGAUUCCGGGUUUUGAAGAAAGCAAGAGAAAUAGGGAUGAUGGAGGAAGGGUAUGUCUGGUUACUAUCAAAUGGAAUGACCCACAUGAUGAGACAUAACGGUCGUAGCUUAGAGACUAUGCAGGGCUUGUUAGGUGUGAGGAGUCAUGUCCCUCGGUCCAAAGAGCGUGAAGAUUUCAGUUUGAGAUGGAAAAGAAAAUUCCAGAAGGAGAACCGGGCGGGGGAUGGUACAGAGCCUAAUGUUUUCGCAUUAUGGGCGUAUGAUUCGAAGAAGUUCUUCUCAAUAUGCAUGACAUCUAAAUUACCUCCGUCGGAAUUCGGCGUGUUUUCUUGUAGCGUCGAGUCAUCAACUUUUGAGAUAAUCAAUGUUAUCGGAGAUGAAGAGAGGAUUAUCGGAUUAUGGACACCAAGUAGUGGACUGGUGAAUGCAAAAUCAAACAAAACGACAUCAUUUUUAGGCAAAAGGUUUGGGCCAGUAAUAUGGCCUGGGAACUCGACCGUUGUUCCAAAAGGUUGGGAGAUUCCAACAAGCGGGAAGAAGAUUAAAGUGGGUGUUCCAGUAAACAAAGGAUUCCUCAAUUUUGUGGAGAUAAAGACAAAUCCAAUCAGUAACCUAACAACCGUAAGGGGUUAUGCCAUAGACAUCUUUGAAGCUGCUCUUAAAGAGUUACCAUAUUCAGUCAUUCCUCAAUACGGUUUCGAGCCUCCAGGUGAUAACUACAAUGAUUUGGUCUACCAAGUCUUUGACGGGAAGUGGGAUGCAGUUGUUGGAGAUAUAACCAUCACAUCGAACAGGUCAUCAUAUGUUGAUUUCACGUUACCGUACACAGAGUCUGGAGUGUCUAUGAUUGUGCCGGUGAGGAGCAACAAGAACAAAAACUCAUGGGUGUUCCUAAAACCUUGGAGCUUAGACCUAUGGAUCACCACUGGUUGCUUCUUCGUCUUCAUUGGGUUUGUUGUGUGGCUGUUCGAACACAGAGUCAACACAGACUUCCGUGGACCUCCUCACCACCAGAUCGGCACUAGUGUCUGCUUCUCCUUCUCCACCAUGGUUUUUGCCCACCGUGAGAAGGUAGUGAGCAAUUUAGCAAGGUUUGUGGUGGUCGUCUGGUGCUUUGUGGUGCUUGUGCUAACUCAGAGUUACACAGCGAGUCUCACCUCAUUUCUGACGGUACAAAGUUUGCUUCCAACAGCCACAAAUGUGGAAGAUCUCAUCAGAAGUGGGGAGUCUGUAGGGUACCAACAGGGCGGUUUCGUUAAAGAUAUUCUGCUAGGUCUGAAAUUUUUUGAAUCACAGCUCAAGCCUUUUGGUUCUGCCGAAGAAUGCGACGAUCUAUUGUCCAAAGGGACAUCAAAAGGUGGUAUUGCAGCAGCUUUUGACGAUGUGCCCUACCUUAAGGAUAUCGUUUCUGAAAACUGCUUCAAAUAUGCAAUGGUUGAACCUUCCUUCAAGACGGCUGGUUUUAAACCUUCCUUUAAGACCAUCAUUAACUCAGGGUUCUUAGUACAUGGUUCUUAGCAGAAUAUAAGAAUCCGACUCUUAACUUUUAACUGAAAAAGUUAAGAGUCGGCUCUUAAAUCUCUUAUUUAAGAGCCGACUCUUAGCAUUUUCAGUUAAAAAUUAAGAGUCGGGUUCUUAUAUUCCGCUAAGAGCCCCGUCCUAAGAACCCCCGUUAAUGAUGCUCUAAGACUGCUGGUUUUGGCUUUGUAAGUUCCUUAAUAUUUAUUUUUAUUAAUUUACAAAAUUGGCAACAAAAACAUCAGUAUUUUAUUUUUAUUGCUCGCUUAUGUGUAGGCAUUCCCUAAGAACUCGCCUAUGACAGGAGAUGUCUCAAGGGCUAUCUUGAAAGUUAUUAGUAAAAUAACAUAAUUCUCAUUAA